AUGAAACCAAGAAGGGCCAAGACUUUUACAGGUUGUUGGACUUGUAGAUCAAGGAAAGUGAAAUGUGAUCUUCGGCGGCCCAAUUGCAGUAGAUGUGAACGCUCAGAGUUACAGUGCGGUGGGUAUGACAUUAAAUUAAGAUGGUCUAAAUUGGUCAAAUUCGACCCUUUUGGUGUACAGUUACCUCCAUCUCCAAACCCUACUAUUACUACCAGUACUACCACUGCAGCUGGUAUUAAUAACGAUAGUAAUAAUAAUAAUAAUAAUAAUACUAAUACUAAUACUAAUACUAAUACUGAUGGAGCCGGAAAUAAUAACGAUGAACCGCAAUACCAAAGAAGAAAUAUAGACUUCGUACGGUACAAAGAAGAAUACGUUUUCCAUGAAGAUAUGGAUGACGAAUUGUCUACAUUGCAUGCACCUCCACCUGACAAGAUUGCAAAUAAUAAGACUUGGAUCAUCAAGAAAUUUGGUGUCUUUAAAGGAAUGGAUCAAGUAAUUGAUAAAAAACUCUCUCCGAGAAAGAAAAGGCGGAAAAUUAACCCCAUCGCUGCAGCUACGAGUGCUAGUAAAAAUUCAGAAAAUGCAUCAUCAAAAUCAGUUGUUGUUUCUAAGAUCAAUAAGCUGAAUCCAAUUCCAUCAUCUUCUGUCGUGAGCACCGCUCGAAGUACAUCAACGAAAACGCCGACAGAACUAAUAAAGAUCAAAAAUAAACCAGAGAAAAUCAUGGUUUCCAAGAGUGAAAAUAAACGACAGAAUCGGAACAACGAUAGAAAUUCAAGUGGUCCAAACCUGCUUGAUUUCGAUUCAGCAAUGUCAAAUUAUCCAGGUUAUGAAUGGAUUUCUAAUGAAUUAAGAGAUGAUGCCCUUUUGUCUGCAUUCGCAAUUCAAGGAACUUCAGUACCUGCUUUCAAAUCACAGGAUUUACCAAUCAAUAAUGGUACUAAUGCAACUUCUGCUACCACCUCCCCAGCAUCCAGACUUCUUUCAGUUCAACAAAAUUCAAUAUUACCGUCAACAACAGUCUCUUCAAAGCAAAUAGACAUAAAUGGAUCAGACAUACAGAAUACGCUAAGUUUACUAUUUCAUAAUGUAAACUCAACGAUACCCAAUAUGAAUCAGGAAGAAUCAGGAGAUAUUUCUACAGAAUUUAACAUUUCUAAUAGCAACGUAAACUCUCCUGACACCCACCUGGGCCUAGAUAAUAUUUGUGUAGACGCACCACAUGUGACGGCCUUAGAGUCAAAGAUGCCCUCUGUCAUAUUGGAGAAAAUUGAUACGAAACCACCCACUAUAGAUUUUAAUUCACUUAUUGAAACUUCUCGUUCUUUGAAUUUACAAACAACUAUACCUACCAAGGGAUUAUUAGUUCAUCCAUUGACAAGAUUUUUACUUAAUUACUAUCUAGAUAAUGUUGCAGACUUAAUGACAGUGGUUCCCUUAGCAAGAAAUCCAUGGAAAACAAUAUAUUUCCCAAGAGCAUUACAAGCUUUAGGAGAUUUAACAGGACUUGGUAGAACCACCAAUUCAAGAAAUUCUUUAAUUAAUGCAUUAUUAGCUGUUUCAUGUUUCAACUUGCAAAGUAAAUUUAACAAAAAUACAAAAGAACAAACUUUUUUCUUAACUUUAGGUAUUGAAUUUAGAAAACAAGCUUCUAAUUUCUUGAAACAAUGUUUACAAUCCACCGAAUCGAAUGAAAAAUACAAAGAUGUACUAACAGCAAUAUUAUCAAUGAACUCUAUAGACGUGGUUUGGGGAACAAUGGCAGAUUGUCAAUAUCAUUUAACUAUUUGCGAAGAAUUUGUUGCCAAAAGAAUGAAAGUGAGACCAAAAAUUUCUGAAAAGGCAAGAAUAUUACAUAGAAUUUUCUCUUUCCUAAAAUUAAUUCAAGAUAGUACUGCAUUAGAUAAAGUUAAAGAGAAAGAAAUUGUAAUCAAGACUGAUACCAAAAGAGCUAGACCACAACAAAUGACAAAUAACACUAGAAAUGAUGAAAAUCAAACUAUAGACUCUGAUGGAGUCUUCCGAGAGUCAUUAAAUAUGGCUAAUGGGAAAAUUCAGAUCGAAUUUGUUAAAGAACAAAGUGAUAUUGAAAAUGAUAGUACUGACGCCACUACUCCAUCUAAUGGGAAUAAUUCUACCCCACCAAUGUUUGGUAAUAUCAUCAGUGAUAGUUAUUAUGAAAAAAAUAAUACCAACAAUACUACUAGCAGUAAUUCGUCAAUAGACUUGAAAUCGGACAUAUUGGGUACAGAUACUAUUUAUGGUCUGCCUAAUUCUCUAAUCCUCCUAUUUUCAGAUUGCGUUCAAAUUGUCAGACAUAAUGAAUAUUAUAAUAUCCAAUAUUUAGCUGUCCCAAGAGAAUUCACUGAAAUAUCUGCAAAUUUCGAAAAAAGAUUACUAAAAUGGAAACCUGAAUGGAAUUUCUUCAAAAAUAACGACAAGAAAAUCUUUAUUAAUGAUAAUGUGGAAGCAGUGUAUCAUCAUACCAUGAGUUUUUAUUUCGGGUUGAUAAUUUAUUAUUAUUCUAUGGCGAAGAAUCUGAAUAAUCAAUUCUUACAAUCAUACGUUGCGAAAGUUCUUAAUCAUCUAGAGAAAUUAACAGAUUUGAUUGAUAGUAAAAAAGUGGAAAUUGUACCUUUGAUUUGGCAAGGUUUUAUAGCAGGAUGUGCAAGCAUAGAACAAGAGGUUCAACAAGGUUAUAGAAAAUGGGCUGCAAACUUAGCAAAAUCAGGAAUGGGGUCCUAUUGGGGUGCAAGACAAGUAAUGUUCGAAGUUUGGAGGAGAAGAAUGAAUGAAGAACAAAAUGAUAAUUGGUAUUCUAUAUAUAAAGACUGGGAAAUGAACUUAAUGCUUUCAUGA